CACUCCGGAGAAGGCGUUGAGUUUGGGUUGUGGAUGUCGGUUGCGUUAUGUGGCGCGUCUGUGCUCGACGAGCCCAGGCUGCAGCCCCAAGGGCGGGAUUCGGGGCUCGGUGCGCGGCCUUAAAGGAGGGACCUGGAACUCUGUAUGUGACCCCGCGAUCUGGUCCGGCUCCGGCUCGUUGCAACAGCACAACCAAAGGGAAUGGAGGGGUCCGUGCAGUCUGCAGCUGGAGCCCCAGCUCUUGGCCCACACCACGGAACCGCUUCCUGCUGCAGCUUUUGGGGUCGCCUGGCCGCCGCUGUUACAGUCUUCCCCCUCAUCAGAAGGUUCCAUUGCCUUCUCUUUCUCCCACGAUGCAGGCAGGCACCAUAGCCCGUUGGGAAAAAAAGGAAGGGGAAAAAAUCAAUGAGGGUGAACUAAUUGCAGAGGUUGAAACUGAUAAAGCCACAGUUGGGUUUGAGAGCAUGGAAGAGUGUUAUAUGGCAAAGAUACUUGUUGCUGAAGGUACCAGAGAUGUUCCAGUUGGAGCAAUCAUCUGCAUUACAGUUGAAAAGCCUGAGGAUAUUGAGGCCUUUAAAAAUUAUACUUUGGAUUCCUCGGCAGCUCCUGCUCCACAAGCUGCCCCAACGCCAACGCCUGCUGCUCCACCACCUACACCUUCUGCUCAGGCUCCUGGUAGCUCAUAUCCCACUCACAUGCAGGUACUUCUUCCUGCCCUCUCUCCUACCAUGACCAUGGGCACAGUUCAGAGAUGGGAAAAAAAAGUGGGUGAGAAGCUAAGUGAAGGAGACUUAUUGGCAGAGAUAGAGACUGACAAGGCUACUAUAGGUUUUGAAGUACAAGAAGAAGGUUACUUGGCAAAAAUCCUGAUUCCUGAAGGCACAAGAGAUGUCCCCCUAGGAACUCCACUCUGUAUCAUUGUAGAAAAAGAAGCAGAUAUACCAGCAUUUGCUGACUACAGGCCAACUGAAGUAACUGAUUUAAAACCCCAAGCACCACCACCUACCCCUCUCCCGGUGGCCACUGCUCCUCCCACUCCUCAACCUGUAGCCCCUGUACCUUCAGCUGCCCGCCCAGCCACUCCUGUGGGACCAAAGGGAAGGAUAUUUGUUAGCCCUCUUGCAAAGAAACUGGCAUCAGAAAAAGGGAUUGACCUUACACAAGUAAAAGGGACGGGACCAGAUGGUAGAAUCAUCAAGAAGGACAUUGACUCUUUUGUGCCUACCAAAGCUGCUCCUGCUCCAGCAGCUGCUGUAUCUCCCCCAGUUCCAGGAGUGGCACCACUUCCUACAGGUGUCUUCACAGAUAUCCCAAUCAGCAACAUUCGCCGAGUUAUUGCACAGCGGUUAAUGCAAUCUAAGCAAACCAUACCUCAUUAUUACCUUUCUAUUGAUGUAAAUAUGGGAGAAGUUUUGUCAGUUCGGAAAGAACUUAAUAAGAUGAUAGAAGGGCGUGGCAAAAUAUCAGUCAAUGACUUCAUCAUAAAAGCUUCUGCUUUGGCAUGUUUAAAAGUUCCUGAAGCAAAUUCUUCUUGGCUGGACACAGUUAUAAGACAAAAUCAUGUUGUUGAUAUCAGUGUUGCCGUCAGUACUCCUGCAGGACUCAUCACACCUAUUGUAUUUAAUGCACAUAUAAAAGGACUAGAAACUAUUGCUAGUGAUGUUGUUUCUUUAGCAACGAAAGCUCGAGAGGGUAAACUACAACCACACGAAUUCCAGGGUGGCACUUUUACAAUCUCCAAUUUAGGAAUGUUUGGAAUUAAGAAUUUCUCUGCUAUUAUUAAUCCUCCUCAAGCAUGUAUUUUGGCAAUUGGUGCUUCAGAAGAUAGACUGGUUCCAGCAGAUAAUGAGAAAGGAUUUGAUGUGGCCAGCAUGAUGUCUGUUACUCUCAGUUGUGAUCAUAGGGUUGUGGAUGGAGCAGUUGGAGCUCAGUGGCUUGCUGAGUUUAGAAAGUACCUUGAAAAACCUAUCACUAUGUUGUUAUAAUUAACCCAAGAAUUUCCAGACUGUCCUGGGUCACAUUGUUCAUUCUUACCAAGAUAUUUAUGUUAUUAAGUAGAUGGUUCUUUUUAUUUUAACCAGGUAUUUUUAUUACUGAGUCUGUCCCAAUAAGUUAUUUCUAAUGGGCAUUACUGAAUUUUUCUAAUGCCAGUUAUCCUCACUAUACACAUUGGAAAACUGAAUGCCAGAAUUUAAGCUAUGUGCUCUUAGCCAAGGGACAUGUGGCCUAGGUCUUUAUUGAUAUGAACAUCCACUAAGAAUUGUAGUAAGGGCAGAAUUGUCAUCCACUGUUGAGACAGGUACAUGAAAGUAAUUUGGGUAAAGUCUUGAAAUUCCAAAAUUUAAUUUCCUAAAAUGUUGUACAUGGAUUUGAGAGAGAGAGAAGGUGUCAGGAACAUUAGGUCUCUUGGAGAAAAUACUUGACUUGAAGUUUGAUUUUGGAAUUUUACCUCAAUUUAAAAUUUUUAAUUUCAUGAUCUUAGUUUAGCAUGUAUAGGGGAGGGUAGAGAAUUCAAGGAAAAUAAGUAAAAUUUCCCCCCAAGUCAGCAUUUUCUUAGACAUCUCCAACCAAUUGUUCCUUGUUCUUUUUUCUAUGA